AUGGUCAAGAUCACCAGCUUCGUGACGAGAGACGUGAGGUUUCCGACCUCCCUCGAUAAAACUGGCUCUGAUGCUAUGAACGCCGCUGGCGACUAUUCCUCGGCCUACUGCAUCAUUAAGACAGACUCGGAACACGAGGGUCAUGGAAUGACAUUCACAAUCGGACGCGGUAACGAAAUCGUCUGUUCGGCCAUCGGUCUUGUUGCCCCUCUCGUGGUGGGCAAGGAUCUUGACGAAAUCACCGCGGACUGGGGAAAGACAUGGCGCUAUCUCGUCUCCGACAGCCAGCUCCGCUGGAUCGGGCCCGAAAAAGGAGUCAUCCAUCUUGCGCUGGGCGCCGUGGUCAACGGUCUCUGGGAUCUCUGGGCCAAGGUACUCAACAAGCCCGUCUGGAGGAUUGUUGCCGACAUGACGCCGGAGGAAGUGGUUCGAUGCAUCGAUUUCAGAUACAUCACCGACGCUCUCACCCCGGAAGAAGCCAUUGCGCUGUUGAAGGAGGUUGAGCCGACGAAACAAGACCGUAUCAAGGAUGCUGAGCAGAACAAAGCUGUGCCUGCCUACACCACGAGUGCUGGGUGGUUGGGAUACUCGGAGGAGAAGCUCAAGGCUUUGUUGGCUCAGAGUGUCAAGGAUGGCUUCAAGCACUUUAAGCUCAAGGUUGGCGGUAGCUUGGAGGACGACAAGCGUCGGCUGGCUAUUGCUCGUGAAGCUAUCGGUUAUGACAAGGGUAACGUGUUGAUGGUGGAUGCCAACCAGGUCUGGUCAGUUCCGGAGGCUAUUACAUAUAUGAACGAGCUGGCCCAGUUCAAACCCUGGUUCAUUGAGGAACCCACGUCUCCCGACGACGUUCUCGGCCACGCUGCCAUUCGCAAAGCGCUUUCCAACACCCCAUACGGCCCUAUUGGCGUUGCCACGGGCGAAAUGUGCCAGAACCGAGUCAUGUUCAAACAAUUCCUGCAAGCUGGCGCCCUCACCGUUCUGCAGGCUGACGCAUGCCGUGUUGGCGGCGUCAACGAAUGCCUAGCAAUCCUGCUGCUUGCUCGCAAGUUCGGUGUCCCCAUUGUCCCGCACUCUGGCGGUGUCGGUCUGCCAGAGUACACACAGCAUCUGAGCACGAUCGAUUAUGUUGUUGUGAGCGGGAAAAGGAGUCUUUUGGAGUAUGUCGACCACUUGCAUGAGCAUUUUGAGCAUCCGGCUAGUGUCAAGGAUGGGUAUAUUGUUACGCCGACGGAGCCGGGUUAUAGCGUGCAGAUGAAGCCUCAUAGCAUGGACCAGUACUCGUUCCCCGGCGAGGCUGGAAAGAGCUGGUGGACGUCGGAGGAGGCUAAAAUUAUUCUGGACGGUCCGCGAGUUGUUUAG